AUGAGGAGCCUACUGCACUCAUCACUUGGCAUACCGCUGCUGACACUGCUUCUCGUGCUCGCAUCCUCGCCGCCGGCGACGCCGCUGUCGGCGGACGGGCUGGCGCUGCUGGCGUUCAAGUCCGCGGUCACCGACGACCCGUCGUGGGCGCUCUCGGCGUGGUCGGCCAACGACACGGACCCGUGCCACUGGCCGGGGGUGGCCUGCGUCAACACCUCCUCCUCCCCCGAGCCGCGCGUCGCCGGCCUGGCCGUCGCGGGCAAGAACCUCACCGGCUACCUCCCGUCCGAGCUCGGCUCGCUCGCCUUCCUCCGCCGCCUCAACCUCCACGGCAACCGCCUCUCCGGCACCGUCCCACCCUCGCUCGCCAACGCCACGGCCCUGCGCUCCAUCUUCCUCUACGACAACAACCUCACCGGCGCCUUCCCGGCCGCGCUCUGCGACCUCCCGCGCCUGCAGAACCUCGACCUCUCCAAGAACUCCCUCACCGGCGCGCUCCCGCCAGGGCUCGCGCGGUGCACGCAGCUGGAGCGGCUCAUCAUCUCCAACAAUGACUUCACCGGCGCGAUCCCCGCCGCCGCCCUGCCGAAGAUGGCGAGCCUGCAGCUGCUCGACCUGUCGUCCAACUCCCUCACGGGCGCCAUCCCGCCCGAGCUCGGGAGGCUGCCGGCGCUGGCCGGCACGCUGAACAUCUCCCGCAACCGCCUCUCCGGCGGGGUGCCGCCGGAGCUCGGGCACCUCCCGGCCACCGUCAGCCUCGACCUCCGCUUCAACAACCUCUCGGGCGAGAUCCCGCAGUCGGGGUCCCUCGCCAGCCAGGGCCCCACGGCCUUCCUCAACAACCCCGGCCUCUGCGGCUUCCCGCUCCAGGUGCCCUGCCGCGCGGCCCCGCCGUCCUCGUCCUCCCCAACGGCCCCGAUCGCCAUCGGUCCAGCCGGCGGCGCGGGCGGACCUCGGCAGGGGAUCAAGACCAGCCUCAUUGUCCUCAUCUCGCUCGCCGACGCGGCCGGCGUCGCCCUCAUCGGCGUCAUCGUGGUGUACGUAUACUGGAAGCUGCGCGACCGGCGGGGGGUUGACGUUGGCGACGACGACGACGAGGAGGGGCGGGGGCUGUUCGGCUGCCCGUGCAUGCGCGCCAGGUCGUGCGGGGACUCGUCGGACGGGUCGGACGCCGGCGGCGGCGGCGGCGAGAAGAAGAAGUGCGGCGGCGAGGACGGGGAGCUGGUGGCGAUCGACAGGGGGUUCCGGAUGGAGCUGGACGAGCUGCUGCGUUCGUCGGCGUACGUGCUCGGCAAGGGCGGGAAGGGGAUCGUGUACAAGGUGGUGGUGGGCAACGGGACGACGCCGGUCGCCGUGCGCCGGAUCGGCGGCGGCACCAAGGCCCCCGAGCGGUACAAGGAGUUCGCGGCGGAGGCGGGCGCCGUCGGGCGGGUGCGGCACGCCAACGUCGUCAGGCUGCGCGCCUACUACUGGUCGCCCGACGAGAAGCUCGUCGUCACGGACUUCAUCAACAACGGCAACCUCGCCACCGCGCUGCGCGGGCGUUCGGGGCAGCCGAGCCUGUCGUGGUCGCUGCGGCUGCGGAUCGCCAAGGGCGCGGCGCGCGGCCUGGCGCACCUCCACGAGUGCAGCCCGCGGCGGUACGUCCACGGCGAGGUCAAGCCCUCCAACGUGCUCCUCGACUCGGACUACAACGCACUCAUCGCCGACUUCGGCCUCGCCCGCCUCCUCACCAUCGCCGGCUGCGCGGACCCCGCUGCCGCCGGCGCCGCCGGCAUAAUGGGCGGCGCUCUCCCGUACGUGAAGCCCGCGCCGGACCGGCCCAACGCGUACCGCGCGCCCGAGGCCCGCGUGCCCGGGGCGCGGCCGAGCCAGAAGUCCGACGUGUACUCCUUCGGCGUCCUGCUGCUGGAGCUGCUCACCGGGCGGUCGCCGGAGCAUGCGUCGCCCUCCGGUUCCUCGGCGUCGUUCUCGGUGCCUGGUGCUGUUGACGGGCAGCAGCCACUGGCGCCGGAGAUCGUGAGGUGGGUGCGGCAGGGGUUCGAGGACGCGCGGCCGCUGUCGGAGCUGGCCGACGAGGCCGUGCUGCGGGACGCCGGCGCGCGCAAGGAGGUGGUGGCGGCGUUCCACGUCGCGCUCGGGUGCGUCGAGGCCGACCUGGAGCGGCGGCCGCGGAUGAAGGCCGUCUCCGACAAGCUCGAAAAGAUCGGGUCAUACAAUCUAACUUUUGCAACUCAUAUGCAUGAAUCACAAUGGCGUUCGGGGCAGCCGAGCCUGUCGUGGUCGCUGCGGCUGCGGAUCGCCAAGGGCGCGGCGCGCGGCCUGGCGCACCUCCACGAGUGCAGCCCGCGGCGGUACGUCCACGGCGAGGUCAAGCCCUCCAACGUGCUCCUCGACUCGGACUACAACGCCCUCAUCGCCGACUUCGGCCUCGCCCGCCUCCUCACCAUCGCCGGCUGCGCGGACCCCGCGGCCGCCGGCGCCGGCGGCAUAAUGGGCGGCGCUCUCCCGUACGUCAAGCCCGCGCCGGACCGGCCCAACGCGUACCGCGCGCCCGAGGCCCGCGUGCCCGGGGCGCGCCCGAGCCAGAAGUCCGACGUGUACUCCUUCGGCGUCCUGCUGCUGGAGCUGCUCACGGGCCGGUCGCCGGAGCAUGCGUCGUCCUCCGGUUCCUCGGCGUCGUUCUCGGGGCCUGGCGCCGCUGACGGGCAGCCGCAGGCGCCGGAGAUCGUGAGGUGGGUGCGGCAGGGGUUCGAGGACGCGCGGCCGCUGUCGGAGCUGGCCGACGAGGCCGUGCUGCGGGACGCCGGCGCGCGCAAGGAGGUGGUGGCGGCGUUCCACGUCGCGCUCGGGUGCGUCGAGGCCGACCUGGAGCGGCGGCCGCGGAUGAAGGCCGUCUCAGACAGGCUCGAAAAGAUCGCGUCGUGA